GCAGGUGCGUUCGCGCGGUGUGGGUGGAGCUAGAGGCCGCCUGGGGGUUGUAGGGAGACGGCGCUGUCGCCAUUUUGUGGGGUGUUUGUCGCAGCGGCUGGGGAGAGAAGACGGCGAUUCGACGACCUUUCUCGGUCAGAAGGCCUUUUGCUUUUGCGGAGAUGCGGCAUUCCAAAAGAACUCAUUGUCCUGAUUGGGAUAAUAGAGAAAGCUGGGGACAUGAAAGCUACAGCGCAAGUCAUAAACGGAAGAGGAGAUCCCAUAGUAGUACACAAGAGAACAGGCAUUGUAAACCACAUCACCAUUUUAAAGAAUCUGAUUGUCAUUAUUUAGAAGCAAGGUCCCUGAAUGAGAGAGAUUAUCGGGAUCGGAGAUACGUUGAUGAAUACAGAAAUGAAUACUGCGAAGGAUAUGUCCCUAGACAUUAUCACAGAGAUGUUGAAAGUUAUCGAAUCCACUGCAGUAAAUCUUCAGUUCGAAGUAGGAGAAGCAGUCCUAAACGGAAGCAUAACAGACACUGUUCAAGCCAUCAGUCACAUUCGAAGAGCCACCGAAGGAAAAGAUCCAGGAGUAUAGAGGAUGAUGAGGAGGGUCACCUGAUCUGUCAAAGUGGAGACGUUCUAAGAGCAAGAUAUGAAAUCGUGGAUACUUUGGGUGAAGGGGCCUUUGGCAAAGUUGUAGAGUGCAUUGAUCAUGGCAUGGAUGGCAUGCAUGUAGCAGUGAAAAUAGUAAAAAAUGUAGGUCGAUACCGUGAAGCAGCUCGUUCAGAAAUCCAAGUAUUGGAGCACUUAAAUAGUACUGAUCCCAAUAGUGUCUUCCGAUGUGUCCAGAUGCUAGAAUGGUUUGAUCACCACGGUCAUGUUUGUAUUGUGUUUGAACUUCUGGGACUCAGUACCUAUGAUUUCAUUAAAGAAAAUAGCUUUUUGCCAUUUCAAAUUGACCACAUCAGGCAGAUGGCAUAUCAAAUCUGCCAAUCAAUAAAUUUUUUGCAUCAUAAUAAGUUAACCCAUACAGAUCUGAAGCCUGAAAAUAUUUUAUUUGUCAAGUCUGACUAUGUAGUCAAAUAUAAUUCUAAAAUGAAACGUGAUGAACGCACACUGAAAAAUACAGAUAUCAAAGUUGUUGACUUUGGAAGUGCAACAUACGACGAUGAACAUCAUAGUACCUUGGUAUCUACUCGGCAUUACAGAGCUCCAGAGGUCAUUUUGGCUUUAGGUUGGUCUCAGCCUUGUGAUGUUUGGAGCAUCGGUUGUAUUCUUAUUGAAUACUACCUUGGUUUCACAGUCUUUCAGACUCAUGAUAGUAAAGAGCAUCUGGCAAUGAUGGAACGAAUAUUAGGACCCAUACCAACACACAUGAUUCAGAAAACAAGAAAGCGCAAGUAUUUUCACCAUAAUCAGCUAGAUUGGGAUGAACAUAGUUCUGCUGGUCGUUAUGUUAGGAGACGCUGCAAACCAUUAAAGGAAUUUAUGCUUUGUCAUGAUGAAGAACACGAGAAACUGUUUGACUUGGUUCGAAGAAUGUUAGAGUAUGAUCCAGUGAAAAGAAUUACCUUGGAUGAAGCUUUGCAGCAUCCUUUCUUUGACUUAUUAAAAAAGAAAUGAAAUAGAAAUCAGUGGUCUUGCUGUAUACUUCUCUAGAAGACGUUACUUAAGACUGUGUCAGUCAAUUCUGAAUAUUCUAAUAUUUUUGUAAGCAUUAAAUUAUUUUGUACAGUAAGUGUAAAUACUGUAUGUUUUAUAUCAGUAGUAAUGAUUAUCUUGUUAAGCAGGUAUGGUCUAAAUAAUGAGUGGAAUAUGAAGCUUAAAACUAAUUUUUCUUUUUGAGAUUGAUUACGAUUUUUAAAGAACUUUUGAAUAUUGUGUUCAGUGAUAAAUGUGAUAGUGUAUUUUGUACAUGAAAGUUGACUCUGGCGUGAUCUUUUUUUCUUACUCUUUUUUCCUUUUUUUGAAGAAAAAAGAAACCCUGAUUACUUUCUUCUUAAUUAAAUAUUCUCUACAUACCUCAAAUUCAGAACAUUUCUUAAUUUUAAAGGGUUGUUUUUCUGUAAUAGAGGAAUAAGUUUUCCAACUCUAAGUAGGGAAGUAUUGGAACCACAGGAAAUACUAGUAGAAUUUCAUUAAAUUGUAACUACUGUGUUGUCUCAUUGAAUUGGUGUCAUUGGUGAAAAUUAUUCACAGAAUGAUACUGGUUUGUCCAUAGUGACAGGCUCUUUAAUAAAAAUGCAUAUGUAGUU